UUCUCUAGACUUUUCACUUUUGAGCUUUCCCGGCAGUCCUAAAACCCUAAUUCUGUAUUCAUUUGUUGUAUGUGCAAACGAACAAUAUAGGGCUGAGACUCCGGCUCCAAGCUCUCGGUCCCAUAAUGGCUACCGCCGCCGUCGCCACCUCAUCUGCCGCCACCAUUUUCAACUCCGCCGCGGAUUGCUGCGCUCGCAGAGUUUUCCUUGUUACCAAUCUCCAGGUUCCGACACGGAGCUCUUCCGCCUUUCUGAGAACAAGUAGAACGAUCAACUCUCACUCUCGUGCUGCCUCCUCUAUCUGUACUUCUUCUUCUUCUUCCGUUGUUAAUGCUGCAAUGGCCACCGAGGCUUCUGCAAAGGUUAUUGAUGGAAAAUCAAUUGCCAAAGAAAUCAGAGAAGAGAUAGCUGCUGAAAUAUCAAGGAUGAAAGAGUCUAUAGGGAUCGUUCCAGGACUGGCUGUUAUUCUUGUUGGGGAGAGGAAAGAUUCUGCGACUUAUGUACGCAACAAAAAGAAAGCCUGUGAAUCUGUAUGUAUCAAGUCAUAUGAAGUGCACUUGGCUGAAGACUCCACGGAACGAGAAGUUCUCGAGCAUAUCUCAAGCUUCAAUAAUGAUCCUUCAGUUCAUGGUAUCCUUGUUCAGUUGCCUCUACCAUCUCAUAUGAAUGAGCAGAAUGUCUUAAAUGCGGUUUGUACCGAGAAAGACGUUGAUGGAUUCAGCCCCCUGAACAUUGGUCGCCUAGCCAUGAGAGAUAGAGAACCACUAUUUGUUCCGUGCACGCCCAAAGGGUGUAUAGAGUUGUUGCAUAGAUGUGGCAUUACUAUCAAGGGAAAGAGGGCUGUCGUAAUUGGCAGGAGUAAUAUAGUUGGAAUGCCCGCCGCCCUUCUCUUGCAAAGGGAAGAUGCCACCGUCACUAUAGUCCAUUCGAGAACGAAAAAUCCAGAGGAGAUAACUAGAGAAGCAGAUAUUGUAAUAUCGGCAGUUGGCCAGCCAAACAUGGUGAGAGGUAGCUGGAUCAAGCCUGGUGCCGUUGUCAUUGAUGUUGGAAUCAAUCCAGUUGAGGAUGCCAAAAGCCCUCGAGGGUAUCGGCUAGUUGGAGAUGUUUGUUACGAGGAAGCUAGCAAGAUUGCUUCGGCUAUCACCCCUGUUCCUGGGGGAGUUGGGCCUAUGACCAUUGCUAUGCUUCUCUCUAAUACUCUCGCUGCAGCAAAGAGAGCCCACAAAUUUGAGUGACUUCUUCACAAUCGGUGCAGUUUUACUAAAAAGCCUACAUAGUGUGAUCAGGUAAUUUGCCUGGAGCAAUUUUUGCCUCUGUUCCAGUGUUGAACGAGUCUCUCUUGUCCGAUUCGUUCUAUUACAAGUUUAUAAUAAGUAGUGUCUUAAUCCAGUUUUUGAUCUGGCAGAGUUAUUUGGUGCGAAUUAGACCAAAACUAGGGGGAUCGUCCCAGCAGGUUUUUCAGAAGCACUCUUUCGGUUUCGUAUCUUUUCUAGCUCUCAUUUGGAAUUGGGAGUUCAUCAUUUUCAUGCUAAUAACGUUUCCUGAACAAGAGUCUUCACUGAAAUUAUCUACUUUUAUUUAUGCCUUUUCAGAGAUAGCACUCG